AGAUUCAUUGAAGGCAACGGGGACAUAAAACUACAGCGUCUGGCCUGAAGCGGUCGGUGCUGAGUUAGUGCUGCAGGUCAGGCUCCUGCCGCUGGAUUCCUCCAUCGGUUUUGGGAAGGGUGAAUGUCGAAUGGUUCGGCUCUAGUUACUGGGGACACAAACACUAAAUACUGAGAGAAGCCUCUGCUCCCUUCGCACCCUUCUUUCUCCCUCAAGGGCCCUGCAUGUCUAAUAUUUAGACAUGUUCAGCUUUAUGGAUUCCAGGACUUUACUGCUACUUGUAGCAACCCAAGUCUGUCUAUUAGCCGUUGUGAGAUGUCAGGACGACCAGGAGGAUGCUUUUAGCUGUAUACAGGACGGACAACGCUAUAGCGACAAGGACGUAUGGAAACCAGAGCCUUGUCGCAUCUGUGUGUGUGACACUGGAACCGUCCUGUGUGAUGAAAUUGUCUGCGAGGAGCUAAAAGACUGUCCCAAACCUGAAAUCCCAUUUGGAGAGUGUUGCCCCAUCUGCGCAGCUGAUACAUCUCCACCCAUUGGAGCACCUGGAGCUAAGGGUCAGAAAGGAGAACCUGGAGACAUUACCGAUGUUGUAGGACCAAGAGGACCAGCCGGCCCAAUGGGCCCACCAGGAGAGCAAGGACCACGUGGAUCAAGAGGAGAAAAGGGAGAGAAGGGAAGUCCUGGCCCCCGUGGCCGAGAUGGUGAGCCUGGCACCCCCGGAAACCCCGGACCCCCUGGACCUCCAGGACCUAAUGGGCCUCCUGGCCUUGGUGGAAACUUCGCUGCUCAGAUGGCUGGUGGCUUCGACGAGAAGGCUGGCGGCGCACAGAUGGGUGUGAUGCAAGGACCAAUGGGCCCUAUGGGUCCCAGAGGACCACCUGGCCCCACUGGAUCACCUGGCCCACAAGGUUUCCAAGGCAACCCCGGAGAGGCUGGAGAGCCCGGACAAGCUGGCCCCAUGGGUCCCCGUGGACCUCCUGGACCUUCUGGAAAGCCCGGAGAUGAUGGUGAAGCUGGCAAACCUGGUAAAUCAGGUGAGCGUGGACCUUCUGGACCUCAGGGAGCUCGUGGAUUCCCAGGAACUCCUGGCCUGCCUGGCAUCAAGGGACACAGAGGUUAUCCAGGUCUUGAUGGUGCAAAGGGAGAGACUGGAGCUGUUGGUGCUAAAGGAGAAUCUGGCGCUCCUGGAGAAAAUGGUGCCCCUGGACCAAUGGGACCUCGUGGUUUGCCCGGUGAGAGAGGACGUCCUGGACCUAGUGGAGCUGCUGGAGCACGUGGAAAUGAUGGACUGCCCGGCCCAGCUGGUCCCCCAGGCCCCGUUGGUCCUGCUGGAGCUCCUGGCUUCCCUGGCUCUCCUGGUUCAAAGGGAGAGGCUGGUCCUACAGGUGCUCGUGGACCUGAGGGUGCUCAGGGACCUCGUGGAGAGUCUGGCACUCCUGGAUCACCUGGACCUUCUGGCGCAUCUGGCAACCCUGGUACUGAUGGUAUCCCUGGAGCUAAAGGAUCAGCUGGUGCUCCUGGCAUUGCUGGUGCUCCUGGUUUCCCCGGACCUCGUGGACCUCCUGGCCCUCAGGGAGCAACUGGACCUCUCGGACCCAAAGGAACAUCUGGAGAUCCAGGUAUUCCCGGGUUCAAGGGUGAGGCUGGACCUAAAGGAGAAAUUGGACCAGCUGGUCUUCAGGGACCACAUGGCCCACAAGGAGAAGAGGGCAAGAGAGGCCCCCGUGGUGAGCCUGGUGCUGCAGGACCACUUGGACCUCCAGGAGAGAGAGGAGCCCCCGGUAACCGUGGUUUCCCUGGACAGGAUGGUCUAGCUGGUCCCAAGGGAGCCCCUGGUGAGCGUGGACCCUCGGGUGCCAGCGGUCCCAAGGGUGCCAACGGUGACCCUGGUCGUCCUGGAGAGCCUGGUCUGCCUGGUGCCAGAGGUCUGACCGGACGCCCUGGUGACGCUGGCCCUCAAGGCAAAGUUGGACCUUCUGGCGCUGCUGGUGAAGAUGGUCGCCCAGGACCCCCUGGCCCUCAGGGGGCCCGUGGACAGCCUGGUGUCAUGGGAUUCCCUGGACCCAAAGGAGCAACUGGGGAGGGUGGCAAGUCUGGUGAGAAAGGACUGGCAGGAGCUCCUGGUCUGAGAGGUCUGCCUGGAAAAGACGGAGAAACCGGUGCUGCUGGACCCCCCGGCCCAGCUGGUCCCGCUGGAGAGAGAGGAGAGCAAGGACAGCCUGGUCCCUCAGGCUUCCAGGGUCUGCCUGGACCCCCUGGCCCCCCUGGUGAGGGAGGCAAACCUGGAGACCAGGGUGUUCCUGGAGAGGCUGGAGCUGCUGGUGCUACUGGACCCAGAGGAGAGCGUGGUUUCCCUGGAGAGAGAGGAGCUGCUGGCUCUCAGGGUCUGCAGGGGCCCAGAGGUCUGCCUGGAACUCCUGGAACUGACGGACCCAAGGGAGCUAUUGGACCUGCCGGUACUGCUGGAGCUCAGGGACCCCCCGGCCUGCAGGGUAUGCCUGGAGAGAGAGGAGCUGCUGGUAUUUCUGGACCCAAAGGAGACAGAGGUGAUGUUGGAGAGAAAGGACCUGAAGGUGCUCCUGGCAAAGACGGUGCUAGAGGUCUCACUGGUCCCAUUGGUCCUCCUGGUCCUGGUGGUCCCAACGGUGAGAAGGGUGAAUCUGGUCCUGCUGGUCCUUCUGGAGCUCCUGGUACUCGUGGCGCUCCUGGUGACAGGGGUGAGACUGGACCUCCUGGGCCCGCUGGAUUUGCUGGACCCCCUGGAGCUGAUGGUCAGCCUGGACUCAAGGGAGAGCAGGGAGAAUCUGGACAGAAGGGUGACGCUGGUGCCCCUGGACCCCAAGGACCAUCUGGUGCCCCUGGACCUGCCGGUCCCACUGGUGUUUCUGGACCUAAGGGUGCUCGUGGUGCUCAGGGACCUCCUGGUGCCACAGGUUUCCCUGGAGCUGCUGGUCGAGUUGGACCUCCAGGUCCCAAUGGUAAUCCUGGACCUGCUGGUCCUGCCGGCCCUCCUGGUAAAGAUGGACCCAAGGGUGUGAGAGGAGAUGGUGGACCCCCAGGCAGACAGGGUGAUGCUGGACUCCGCGGUGCUGCUGGUGCUCCCGGAGAGAAGGGUGACGCAGGAGAAGACGGUCCUCCUGGUCCUCUUGGUCCUUCAGGUCCUCAGGGUUUGGCUGGACAGCGUGGUAUUGUUGGUCUACCUGGACAACGUGGUGAGAGAGGUUUCCCUGGUCUGCCUGGACCCUCUGGUGAGCCUGGAAAGCAGGGAUCUUCUGGUGGCCCUGGAGACCGUGGACCUCCUGGACCUGUUGGACCACCUGGACUCACUGGGCCUGCAGGAGAGCCUGGCAGAGAGGGCAACCCUGGAUCUGAUGGACCUCCUGGUAGAGAUGGUGCUACUGGAAUUAAGGGUGACCGUGGUAGCACUGGUCCUGCUGGUGCUCCUGGUGCUCCAGGAGCUCCUGGUGCCCCCGGCCCAGUUGGUCCCACUGGCAAACAGGGAGACAGAGGAGAAUCUGGUGCUCAAGGACCCGCUGGACCCCCAGGACCUGCUGGUGCAAGAGGAAUGCCAGGACCUCAAGGACCCCGUGGUGACAAGGGUGAGGCUGGAGAGGCUGGUGAAAGAGGACAGAAGGGACAUAGAGGCUUCACUGGUCUGCAGGGUCUGCCCGGACCUCCAGGUCAAGCUGGAGACCAGGGUGCUACUGGACCUGCUGGACCUUCUGGACAAAGAGGACCACCUGGACCUGUUGGCCCUGCUGGAAAGGAUGGAUCCAAUGGCCUCCCAGGACCCAUCGGACCCCCUGGACCUCGUGGUCGCACAGGAGAAUCCGGUCCUGCUGGACCUCCAGGAAACCCCGGACCACCUGGUCCUCCGGGUCCCCCUGGCCCUGGCAUUGACAUGUCUGCCUUCGCUGGCCUGGGUCAGACUGAGAAGUCCCCUGAUCCUCUCAGGUAUAUGAGGGCCGACCAGGCCUCCGGAAACCUUCGCCAGCACGACGCUGAGGUCGACGCCACUCUCAAAUCCCUCAACAACCAGAUUGAGAACAUCCGCAGCCCUGAGGGAUCCAAGAAGAACCCUGCUCGCACCUGCAGAGACCUGAAGCUCUGCCAUCCCGACUGGAAGAGCGGAGAAUACUGGAUUGACCCCAACCAGGGCUGCACUGUUGAUGCAAUCAAAGUCUUCUGCAACAUGGAGACAGGGGAGUCUUGUGUCUACCCCAGACCUUCUAGCAUCCCUCGCAAGAACUGGUGGUCUAGCAAAAGCAAAGAUCGCAAACAUGUCUGGUUUGCAGAGACAAUGAAUGGAGGAUUCCACUUCAGCUAUGGUGAUGACAGCCUGGCACCCAACACAGCUGCCAUUCAGAUGACUUUCCUCAGACUGCUGUCCACCGAGGCUGCUCAGAACCUCACCUACCACUGUAAGAACAGCGUGGCCUACAUGGACGCCUCAACAGGCAACCUGAAGAAGGCUGUGCUGCUGCAGGGCUCCAACGAUGUGGAGAUCAGAGCUGAGGGCAACAGCCGCUUCACCUACAGCGUGAUGGAAGAUGGCUGCACGAGACACACGGGACAGUGGGGCAAGACAGUGAUUGAAUAUAGAUCACAGAAGACCUCUCGUCUGCCCAUUGUGGACAUUGCCCCCAUGGAUAUUGGAGGAGCAGACCAAGAGUUUGGAGUUGAUGUUGGGCCAGUCUGCUUCUUGUAAAGAACGAGGGAUAGAAAGAGAAAAAAGAAGUGGGAAUUUAAAAAAUAAAAUAAAAUGAAAGAGGAGCACACUUCAGUUAAAGGAGGAAAGAAAGAGAAAAAGAAAAAUCAAGACACUUUUUUUAAAUGGGACUUUUUUUCUAAGUAAAAAGUGCUUUUUCCAAGUCGAACUCCGUAGGAUAUCUGCACUGAAUGGCACCAGCAACUGUCAUCUGUGAUUCAUCCAGCAUUGCUUCCAGUAAACUACCCCCCCCCCCCAGCCCCAACUAUGGACACUCGGUAUUCCCCGAAACCCCCACUUCACUCAGGGUGAGCAGCCAUCUUCACCCCGCCCUAAUGAAUAAGAAGGAGGAAGUAUGAGGAGAGUAUUGGAACACACCAAGGAACUAGAAAGAGAAAAAUGUGAUGGUGUUAUUUAUUUAUUGUUAAGUGUUGGGUCCCAGGUGUGGUUGUUGGACUUGUUGGAGUUUUUUGCUAAAUCCUAAAAAGCCCACUUACACAUAUUUAAAGAAAAAACCUUAUGCACCAACUCCUACUCGUACAUCCUCCUCUUUUCAGACCUAGGACUUCUUCACUCCUGUACCAUAUCCAUUAAAGCAUAAAUAUCUCUUUGAAACCAAAAAUCUAGCUUAAUAGAAACUGCAGAUGUUCCUAUUUCUACCACCACAGUGUGUAUCAAAAAGUUACUGUGUAUUAUAAUAAAAGUCAAUGGUGCUAUUGUUGUAAAACAGUCUGUAUUUUUUAACAAACAGAUACUCAUAUGUAGUGACUUUGUAUAUAUGUAUAUAUAUGUAUAUGUGUAUACAUAUAUAUACAGUUUCUCAGAAAGUGCAUUUCUUCCUGGGAUUUUGGAUUUCAGGGUGAUAAAUGUCCCUGCUUUGCCCCACCCUCCUGCUUCAACCCCACAUGCAUACAGAAACAAACAUGCCCAGAAUUAAUUUUUAAAAUCAAGGCAUGUCCAAAUUGGAACAUAUACAUUUGUUUUAGUUUUCUUAACAUUUGUUUUUAUAUUUUAAAGCUACCUCACACUAAAAAACAACUUCAUAAAGCAAAGUAAAGCCUUUUCCCCAGACUCUUUGUUUACAAGCCCAAAAUUUUAAUAUGACCAAUUUUGUGAGAAGCUUGGUCAUUAAAGCCCAGUCUCUGCUGCCCCGUCCCCAUUUGCUGUGACCUUUGACCCCCAUUCCUCUCUACGUCCUCCCAUCAGUCCCCUCACACAUGACGUGCCCUCUGCCUUGGCGUACACAAUCACACACAUGCAUUUGAAGAUUUUGGGUGUGGUUAGAUUUGUUGCUCCAGUUCUUCAGCCAGCACAGAGGGUUCAUUAGUGUGAGGUUGUGUAUAUUUUUUUUUUAUUAUUAAUAAUAGUAUUAUUAUUAAUAAUAAUAGCCUUAUUAUAUUAUUAUAUGAUCUUGACUUGUUUUUGUUACGUUUUAAUUAAUGUAAAUUGGAAAUAAAAGACAAAACCAAGUAACAGACUGAAGUUGCUGUUUAUUUAUAUUCUCUUUUGUUAGUUCUCCCCCAUGUUGAAAUAUCUGGGGCAAUGCUUUUGACUCUUCCCCAAGGAUUUCACUAUUAAUGUACAAAAAUUACCCCUAAAAAUGGAACCUGCAAAACAUUUUGCUGUGCCCUGCUUUCACUGUGUGUUUUUGUGGUGAUGGCCAGAUACAUUUCCUGGGGGAGAAACAGCUCACGUCUCAAGAAAAGGCAGUGGUGAAAUGGAUGAAUGCAGGGCCAUUUUGAUUGUUUUGUUGGAUGGUGAUGAAAAAAAAAACAAGAAAAUGUUGAAGAAGGAGGUGGUGAAACUUCAUAUCAUGUACUUUUUAUAUAUAUAUAAAAAAAAUAGCUUCUCA